AUUCAUGAGCAAAUAGAGUAUAAGGUUUAGAAGUGAGAUAUCAAAUGGAAGCAGCAGCAAUGAAGGUCGUGUCGUUGGCUGUGAGUUUGGUGUUGAUACUCACUUAUGCUCAUGCAGACACAGGCACAGCAACAUUCUAUACGCCCCCUUACGUCCCGUCUGCAUGCUUCGGGUUGGAGGAGCAAGGGACAAUGAUAGCAGCAGCCAGCGAAGGCAUAUACAACAAUGGCGCAUCCUGUGGGAGAAUGUACAGAGUGACAUGCACUGGCCCAACAAACUUGGGCGUUCCACAGCCAUGCACAGGCAACACUGUCACUGUCAAGGUCGUUGACCUCUGCCCAUCUCCUGGCUGCCAAGCCACCAUUGAUCUCUCCCAGGAAGCCUUCUCCUCCAUCGCCAAUCCUGAUGCUGGAAAAAUCAACAUCGAAUUUACCGAGGUCUGAAGAACAGGAGCCUUUAUUUCCAAUAUAUGUAUGCCUGUUUCCAAUAAUCAAUCGAGCAAAACUCCUUCCACUUGUGAAGUCGUCUCUAGCGGGCUGCUAGAUAGAACUGAAGGCAUUCUAUUUCUCAUAUAUAUAGUGCCCAAGUUGAUGCUGUAAAGUCUAUAUGGUAUCGUAAUCUCGGUCUUG